AUGUCGGAGACAAAGUUCAGCGUGAUGGUGAGCCUGUUCAACUGGAUGCAGAAGAGCAAGUCUUCCUCCGUCAAGCGUUCCAAAUUCCGCAAGUUUCUCGACACCUUUUGCCGCCCCAAGAACGGCGACGACUACUUCUCGGCCAUCCGCUUGAUCCUGCCCAGCCUCGACCGCGAGCGGGGAUCGUACGGCCUGCGCGAGCACGUUCUUGCCACAUGCCUCAUAGACGCCCUCGGCAUGUCUCGCGACUCCCCUGACUCUCAGCGCCUCCUCAACUGGCGCAAGGGCGGCCCCAAGUCUGGUACCUUCGCCGGGAACUUUUCUCUCGUUGCCGCCGAGGUGCUACAACGGAGGCAGGCCAUGACUUCAGGGAACUUAACUAUAAAAGAAUUAAAUGAUUUACUUGAUCGAUUGGCUUCUAGUGAAAAUAGGCCAGAGAAGAUUUCUAUCCUUUCUGAUUUGAUCAGGAAAACUAAUGCCCAAGAAAUGAAGUGGAUCAUCAUGAUAAUUCUGAAAGAUCUUAAGCUGGGAAUAAGUGAAAAAAGCAUAUUUCAUGAAUUUCACCCUGAUGCUGAGGACUUGUUCAAUGUUACUUGUGAUCUAAAAUUAGUUUGUGAAAAAUUGCGGGAUCGUAGUCAGAGGCAUAAGCGCCAGGACAUCGAAGUUGGCAAACCUGUUCGGCCCCAACUAGCACUGAGGGUCAGCAAUGCAGCUGCUGCAUGGAAAAAGCUUCACGGAAAGGAAGUUGUUGUCGAGUGCAAAUUUGAUGGUGAUCGCAUCCAAAUCCACAAAAAUGGAGCAGAGAUAAACUUUUUCUCGAGGAAUUUUCUUGGUCAUCCAGAAUAUGAACAUGGCAUGUCAGACGUUAUAAGAGAGAACAUUUUGGCUGACAGGUGCAUUCUUGAUGGUGAGAUGUUGGUCUGGGACAAAUAUGCGAAUAGAUUUGCAGAGUUUGGUUCAAACCAAGAAAUAGGUUCUGAUAUUCUCUUUGGUCCCAUGCUUUCUGCUAUUUAUGUUGCAUUUGACAUUCUUUAUGUUGGAGAUACCAGUGUCAUUCACCAGAGCUUGAAGGAGAGACAUCAACUUCUCAGGAAAAUUGUCAGACCAGUUUCUGGUCGUUUGGAGAUUUUGGUUCCAAAUGGGGGUCUUAAUGCACAUCGUCCUGCUGGGGAGCCAUGUUGGUCUCUAGUUGUUUAUGAUGUUGAUAGCGUCGAGAGAUUCUUUAAAGAAACCAUCGAGAACAGAGAUGAAGGAAUUGUUCUGAAAGAUCUUGGAUCCAAGUGGGAGCCGAGUGAUCGAAGUGGAAAAUGGCUGAAGUUAAAGCCUGAUUACAUUCGAGCUGGCUCUGAUUUAGAUGUUCUUAUAAUAGGAGGUUACUAUGGUUCAGGACGGCGUGGGGGUGAGGUAGCACAAUUUCUUGUUGGUCUUGCAGAGCGUCAGGCCCCUAACGCAUUUCCCAGACGGUUUGUUUCCUUUUGCCGAGUGGGUACAGGACUUUCUGAUGAGGAGCUUAAUGUUCUUGUCACCAAAUUGAAACCUUAUCUCAGGAAGUCUGAAUAUCCAAAGAAAGCACCUCCAAGCUUUUAUCAGGUUACAAAUAACUCAAAGGAGAGACCAGAUGUUUGGGUUGAAAGCCCAGAAAAAUCAAUUAUAGUUUCCAUCACUAGCGAUAUUCGAACGAUCAGAUCUGAGGUAUUUGCUGCACCAUAUAGCUUGAGAUUUCCAAGGAUUGAUCGAGUGAGAUAUGAUAAACCUUGGCACGAAUGCCUUGAUGUGCAGUCUUUUGUUGAAUUGGUACAUUCAAGCAAUGGCUCCACACAAAGAGCAAAUGAUAAUGAAGCUGUGCACGAACAUAAACCAAAACGGGCCAAGGUGUUGAGAGGAACAAAGAAGAAUGUUUCUAUUGUUCCUUCCCACUUUAUUCAGACCGAUGUUUCUCAUGUUAAGGGCGAAACAUCGAUAUUUUCAAACCUGGUAUUUUACUUUGCAAAUAUACCUUCUUCAUGCUCGCUUGAUUCCUUGCACAAAAUGGUGGCAGAGAAUGGUGGCACCUUCUCAAUGAAUCUGAACAAUUCGGUUACUCACUGCAUAGCCUCUGAAAGUAGAGGGUUAAAAUUCCAGGCUGCUAAGCGCCAAGGAGACGUUAUUCAUUACUCUUGGUUUGCCGACUGUUGUGCACAGAAGAAACUUCUUCCAUUGCAGCCUAGGUACUUUCUUUGUCUGUCUGACAUGACAAAGGAAAAGCUAGGAGAAGAAAUCGACAAAUUCUCGGACUCAUACUUCCUGGAUCUUAAUGUGACGGACCUCAAACAGAUCUUUAGCAGCAUGGGUAAGGUUGAAGAUUCUAAAGGAAAAGAGUAUUACAAGAAAAAAUACUCUCCGAGGGAGGAUUGGGUUCGCUUUCAUGGUUGUCGCGUUUACUUCCAUCUUCACGGAAAAAAUAGGAAUUUGGACAUUCCGCUUGAACUUGCAAUGAGAAGGAUGAAGAUCGAGAUUCGCAGUGGUGGUGGUAGUGUGUCAGAUACCCUUUCAUGUGCUACACAUUUAGUAGUUGUGGCUUUGCCACAAACUGAUGUGGACUUUAAUGCACUAAUGAAUAGUUUCUCGGAGGUGGACAAGCAUCUGUUGGGCAGAAGAAAUUUGCAAAUUGUCAAGUCUCAGUGGUUGGAUGACUGCUUUGAUAAGGACCGGAAAUUGCCCGAGGACAGAUAUAGUUUGAUUCCUGAGGGCUUCCAAAUGACGUCAACCGGAGAAGGUGCCGAGUUUGAAGAUAACCCCAAAGAGCAUCAUAGCUCAGGAUUUGGAUCCAGAGAUUCAUUGUCUUCUUAUAAAGAUGGGAAGAAAGGUAUUACAUCAGAAGUAAAGCCAAGACUUGUAAGCUUGCCGAACAACAGAAGUGGGAAUAGGAAAAGAGGAAGACCCAUUGGGAGUAGCACAAAAGGAGGAAAACAGGCCGUGAACAAGUCUCGACGAACAAGGUCACGGGUCGGUCACAAGCCUGCCAAGAUCAACGAAAACGAAUCAGAUCAAGACACUUCUUUGGACAAUGGAAAAGAUUCUGAAGCCAAUGAGGUCGUAGAAGAAAUCAAGAGAAUGUCAGAUCAAAAUCGGCCUAGAAGAACAAGGGCCCGAAUUAUCCACAAGCCCCCCGUGAUUGUUGGAGAUGAUGUGGAUUUAGAAGUCUUAGAAGAUAAGCAAAAGGAACACUUGCCUUCCGGGACUGCAAAUGGUCCUGAAACUCAGACCAAUGAGGCAGUGAAAGAUUCCACAUCAGAAGGCAAAGCACUCGACGAAAUAAAAGAUCAUAGUGAAUAUGGACAAAAAUUUGACAAAAUAAAUGAUGUUACUGGCAGACAGGGGUGUAGUAGUAGUAGUACUCAGUACAAGGGACGAGUGGAAGACGAUAUUGAUCCGCUUGAGGCAAUGUUGCUCAACAUGGUUCCUAUGCUGGCUAAGACAGCUGUUGGAAGUUCGAACCCUGUUCAUGUAGAUGUUGAGCAUAAAUGUCUUGACCCCAAACCUGAAGAGGGAAAAUCAUCUUCAGAUGCUGAUACUCAACUGGUUAAGAAACCGAAAGUGAGCUUUAGGGAUCUUGCUAAGGAAUUACUGGAAGAAUGGUAA